AUGUCCGCCGCUGCCGCCGGACAAGACUCCGAGCUUGGUGGCUACAACAUAGGAGGGAACCACCUCAUGUAUGAAUUCUGCGCUGUUCUGAUUGAAGAUGACGAGCCCAUCGGAAACGUCUCCAAAAAAAACUUGCGUGCAUACCGACAUUUUUCAAUUGAGAUGCCCCGGGUUGCCGGAGAAGAUAAGGCUCCCGCACGUCGAUCACAGGAAUUUGCCACAGUCUAUCGGACUACAUAUCACUCGAAUUUCGCUUCUUACCGUGGCUUGGCAUUUGCGUGGUUUGGUCUAAAGCUUGUUCUCUCCCUCAUCGCCCACACUUGGCUACAGGAAUUUCGCCUUCCAGAGGGGAGACAAAACAGCAAUCUCCGAGAUUUGGCCCGAGGGUUGGCGUACAUAGUUCGGAGAAUAGACGAUAUUUCGGGUUGCCAUCAUCUCUUCGGCGACGGAUACGAAUCAUGUCAAGCAAUCCCGGAAACCCAUGAAAGAACUGAUCAGGCCGAGGUGAAUAAAGGAAAGUGUACCAAUUGA